AUGCCCCGGCGCCAUGCGCCAGCUGCGGGCGCCGGCCCGCCGGCGGCGGAGGCGGGCGCGGGCUCGCCGCCGGGCCGCCCCCAGCAGCAGCGCUGGCGCAAGGUGCUGUAUGAGCGGCAGCCCUUUGACGACUCCUACACCGGGGAAGGUUUCCUGGAAGAGCUAGUGGUCAACGCCACGGUGCCGCACCGAGAUUACGCCACCGUCGUCUGGUCAACCCUGGUGGUUGACCAGCAGCUGAGCACGGUGGCAGCCGGCACCGUGAGAGUGCGCCAGCUGCUGCUGGCAGAUGUGUUGCUGAUGGUGGUGGGGUCCCUGCUCUACCUGGCCGCCAGCGCCUGGACAGCCACCCAGGAAGCAGCAGGCGCAGCAGUAGGACGAGCACAAGGCCGCACCAGCCACCCAGCCUCUCCAGCCAAGCCCAGCGGAGGAGCACCCUCCAGCCCCGGCAGCAGCUGGCCAGGCAGCCCCGACCCUUCUCCCUACCCAUCGCCAGCCAAGCCGCCACCAGGCGCAAACAGCGGCAGCAGCAGCACCGGGCGGCCGCCAGGGCCGCAGCGGCGGCUCGGCUGGCGGCGCGCGGCCGACGGCGCGGGCAGCAUGGCCAGCCUGGCGGCGGCCACCGCGCUGCUAUCCCCGCUGCUGGGCACGCUGACGGAGACGGUCAGCUCCGACAGCAUCAUCGCCUGCGCCUGCCUGCUGCAGCUGGCCCACCUGUACCUUCACGACUACCACUUCACAGCCAACCUGACCGCUCACCUCAGCGCCAGCCUGGCGCUGGGCUGCGCCGUCUGCGGCAGCGUGCUCAUCGCCAGCCGCCUGGGCAGCCCCGAGGCGGUGUAUGCGCAGCUGCUGCUGUCUCUGGAGCUGUACAUACUGGGACCGUACUGCCGGCGCUGCGUGGCGGCCGCCGGGCGCGCCGCGCAGCUGGGACAGACCCUGGCCAUGGCAGGCGCCGCGGGCGCGCUGCUGGCCCGCCAGUCCAUCCUCCUCACCUCCUCCUUCUGCUGCGCCCUGCUCUUCAUCACCUUCAUCUGCCCCUGGUGGCUGGUGCGCAUCCACAAGUUCAAGGCAGCCAUCAACGGGCCGUGGGACGAGGCGGUGCCGCGCCUGUCGCGCGCCGUCACCCGCCAGCUGUCGCUCGCGCGGUAG